AUGAUAGCAGGACAUGGUGACGACAGUGGUGGCCUCGUGGCUAUAUCGAGCGGUGCUGUGACGGACGGGAACAGCGGGACCGUCACCAUCGUCUCCGCCAACGCCGGUACAACGGGCCACAGCGGUGUCAUGACCUUCAGCUCCGGAACAACCGCGUCGGGAGACACCGGCGCCGUCAUGAUCGGCAGCGGUGACGCCAUCGGCGGACAGGCCGGUCUCUUGAGUCUGACCGUGGGCGACACGAGCUCGGGGGAGGGCGGCGACGUGACCAUAUCCGCCGGUCAGUCGUCCGAGCUGUCUGGCGGGGCCGUGACCAUCACCAGCGGCGAGGGCACCGCUACCACCAGCGGUGCGAUCACCAUCCGAUCGCCCAACGCCGGCGCCGUGGGCGUGAGCGGCGCCAUUGUGUUGAGCUCGGGUACCACCAGCUCCGGCACCAGCGGUUCGGUGCUCAUCGGAAGUGGCACGGCGGUGUCGGGAGCUGGCGGAGCGGUGAGUCUGACGGUGGGCACCAGCGCCUACACCACGGGCGGGACGCUCACGUUGGCGGCCGGCACGGGUGUGACGGGCGGUCCUGUGUCGAUGUCGGCCGGAACGGGCACCACGUCUACGGGCGGGUCGGUGAGUCUGGCGGCGGGCGCAGGGUCGACGGGCGGAUCGUUCACGGUGGUGGCCGGACAAGGCACCGGGACGACGGGCGGGGCGAUCACGGUGACGGCGGGUGCAGGAGCGACGCUGGGUGGUGAUCUCAGUAUGGCGGCCGGGUCAGGUAACUUGGAUGUGGGCGGCGACCUGAGCGUAUCAGCUGGCACAAGCACCCAAGCUGUCGGUGGUGCAUUGACCAUGGUAGCUGGCACCGGAGCCACAGGAGGCGGCCUUGUGGCUGUGUCUAGCGGGGCCGUGACCACUGGGAACAGCGGGACCGUCACCAUUGUCUCCGCCAACGCCGGCACAACGGGCCACAGCGGUGUCAUGACCUUCAGCUCCGGCACAACCACGUCGGGAGACACCGGCGCCGUCAUGAUCGGCAGCGGUGACGCCAUCGGCGGACAGGCCGGUCUGUUGAGUCUGACCGUGGGCGACACGAGCUCGGGGGAGGGCGGCGACGUGACCAUAUCCGCCGGUCAGUCGUCCGAGCUGUCUGGGGGGGCCGUGACCAUCACCAGCGGCGAGGGCACCGCCACCACCAGCGGUGCGAUCACCAUCCGAUCGCCCAACGCCGGCGCCGUGGGCGUGAGCGGCGCCAUUGUGUUGAGCUCGGGUACCACCAGCUCCGGCACCAGCGGUUCGGUGCUCAUCGGAAGCGGCGCGGCGGUGUCGGGAGCUGGCGGAGCGGUGAGUCUGACGGUGGGCACCAGCGCCUACACGACGGGCGGGACGCUCACGUUGGCGGCCGGCACGGGUGUGACGGGCGGUCCUGUGUCGAUGUCGGCCGGAACGGGCACCACGUCUACGGGCGGGUCGGUGAGUCUGGCGGCGGGCGCAGGGUCGACGGGCGGAUCGUUCACGGUGGUGGCCGGACAAGGCACCGGGACGACGGGCGGGGCGAUCACGGUGACGGCGGGUGAAGGAGGGACGGACGGCGGCGCGUUGAUCAUGGCAGCAGGAUACGGUGGUGACAGUGGUGGCCUCGUGGCUGUGUCUAGCGGGGCCGUGACGGACGGGAACAGCGGGACCGUCACCAUCGUCUCCGCCAACGCCGGCACAACGGGCCACAGCGGUGUCAUGACCUUCAGCUCCGGCACAACCACGUCGGGAGACACCGGCGCCGUCAUGAUCGGCAGCGGUGACGCCAUCGGCGGACAGGCCGGUCUGUUGAGUCUGACCGUGGGCGACACGAGCUCGGGGGAGGGCGGCGACGUGACCAUAUCCGCCGGUCAGUCGUCCGAGCUCUCUGGCGGGGCGGUGACCAUCACGAGCGGGGUGGGCACCGCCACCACCAGCGGUGCGAUCACCAUCCGAUCGCCCAACGCCGGCGCCGUGGGCGUGAGCGGCGCCAUUGUGUUGAGCUCGGGUACCACCAGCUCCGGCACCAGCGGUUCGGUGCUCAUCGGAAGCGGCGCGGCGGUGUCGGGAGCUGGCGGAGCGGUGAGUCUGACGGUGGGCACCAGCGCCUACACGACGGGCGGGACGCUCACGUUGGCGGCCGGCACGGGUGUGACGGGCGGUCCUGUGUCGAUGUCGGCCGGAACGGGCACCACGUCUACGGGCGGGUCGGUGAGUCUGGCGGCGGGCGCAGGGUCGACGGGCGGAUCGUUCACGGUAGUGGCCGGACAAGGCACCGGGACGGCGGGCGGGGCGAUCACGGUGACAGCCGGUGCAGGAGAGACGGAAGGGGGUGCGAUGGUGGUGGCAGCCGGUUAUGGUGGUACGAGCGGUGGCCUCGUGGCUGUGUCUAGCGGGGCCGUGACGGAUGGGAACAGCGGGACCGUCACCAUCGUCUCCGCCAACGCCGGUACAACGGGCCACAGCGGUGUCAUGACCUUCAGCUCCGGCACAACCACGUCGGGAGACACCGGCGCCGUCAUGAUCGGCAGCGGUGACGCCAUCGGCGGACAGGCCGGUCUGUUGAGUCUGACCGUGGGCGACACGAGCUCGGGGGAGGGCGGCGACGUGACCAUAUCCGCCGGUCAGUCGUCCGAGCUGUCUGGGGGGGCCGUGACCAUCACCAGCGGCGAGGGCACCGCCACCACCAGCGGUGCGAUCACCAUCCGAUCGCCCAACGCCGGCGCCGUGGGCGUGAGCGGCGCCAUUGUGUUGAGCUCGGGUACCACCAGCUCCGGCACCAGCGGUUCGGUGCUCAUCGGAAGCGGCGCGGCGGUGUCGGGAGCUGGCGGAGCGGUGAGUCUGACGGUGGGCACCAGCGCCUACACGACGGGCGGGACGCUCACGUUGGCGGCCGGCACGGGUGUGACGGGCGGUCCUGUGUCGAUGUCGGCCGGAACGGGCACCACGUCUACGGGCGGGUCGGUGAGUCUGGCGGCGGGCGCAGGGUCGACGGGCGGAUCGUUCACGGUGGUGGCCGGACAAGGCACCGGGACGACGGGCGGGGCGAUCACGGUGACGGCCGGUGAAGGAGGGACGGACGGCGGCGCGUUGAUCAUGGCAGCAGGAUACGGUGGUGACAGUGGUGGCCUCGUGGCUGUGUCUAGCGGGGCCGUGACGGACGGGAACAGCGGGACCGUCACCAUCGUCUCCGCCAACGCCGGUACAACGGGCCACAGCGGUGUCAUGACCUUCAGCUCCGGAACAACCACGUCGGGAGACACCGGCGCCGUCAACAUCGGUAGCGGCGCCGCUCUGGGGGGCACCGGAGGUGAUCUGACUCUGACGGUGGGCAGCGGAGACAUCGGCGAGGGCGGUCUGGUGGAGAUGGCGGCUGGAGAGUCGACCAACGCCACCGGAGGAGCGGUGACCAUCACGAGCGGGGUGGGUACCGCCACCACCAGCGGUGCGAUCACCAUCCGAUCGCCCAACGCCGGCGCCGUGGGCGUGAGCGGCGCCAUUGUGUUGAGCUCGGGUACCACCAGCUCCGGCACCAGCGGUUCGGUGCUCAUCGGAAGCGGCGCGGCGGUGUCGGGAGCUGGCGGAGCGGUGAGUCUGACGGUGGGCACCAGCGCCUACACGACGGGCGGGACGCUCACGUUGGCGGCCGGCACGGGUGUGACGGGCGGUCCUGUGUCGAUGUCGGCCGGAACGGGCACCACGUCUACGGGCGGGUCGGUGAGUCUGGCGGCGGGCGCAGGGUCGACGGGCGGAUCGUUCACGGUGGUGGCCGGACAAGGCACCGGGACGACGGGCGGGGCGAUCACGGUGACGGCGGGUGAAGGAGAGACGGUGGGUGGCGCCCUGAGCCUGGCGGCCGGGUGGGGUGACUCGGGAGUGGGCGGUGACCUGAGUGUAUCAGCUGGGACAAGCGCUCAAGCUGUCGGUGGUGCUUUGACCAUGGUAGCUGGCACCGGAGCCACAGGAGGCGGCCUCGUGGCUGUGUCGAGCGGGGCCGUGACGGACGGGAACAGCGGGAGCGUCACCAUCGUCUCCGCCAACGCCGGCACAACGGGCCACAGCGGUGUCAUGACCUUCAGCUCCGGCACAACCACGUCGGGAGACACCGGCGCCGUCAACAUCGGUAGCGGCGCCGCUCUGGGGGGCACCGGAGGUGAUCUGACUCUGACGGUGGGCAGCGGAGACACCGGCGAGGGCGGUCUGGUGGAGAUGGCGGCCGGCGAGUCGACCACGGCCACCGGAGGAUCGGUGACCAUCACCAGCGGCGAGGGCACGGCGACCACCAGCGGUGCGAUCACCAUCCGAUCGCCCAACGCCGGCGCCGUGGGCGUGAGCGGCGCCAUUGUGUUGAGCUCGGGUACCACCAGCUCCGGCACCAGCGGUUCGGUGCUCAUCGGAAGCGGCGCGGCGGUGUCGGGAGCUGGCGGAGCGGUGAGUCUGACGGUGGGCACCAGCGCCUACACCACGGGCGGGACGCUCACGUUGGCGGCCGGCACGGGUGUGACGGGCGGUCCUGUGUCGAUGUCGGCCGGAACGGGCACCAUGUCGACGGGCGGGUCGGUGAGUCUGGCGGCGGGCCCGGGAGAGACGGGCGGAUCGGUCAAGGUGGUGGCCGGACAAGGCACCGGGACGACGGGCGGGGCGAUCACGGUGACGGCCGGUGCAGGAGGGACAGACGGCGGCGCGUUGAUCGUGGCCGCCGGAUAUGGCGGUACGAGCGGUGGCCUUGUGGCUGUGUCGAGCGGGGCCGUGACCAUCGGGAACAGCGGGACCGUCACCAUCGUCUCCGCCAACGCCGGUACAACGGGCCACAGCGGUGUCAUGACCUUCAGCUCCGGCACAACCACGUCGGGAGACACCGGCGCCGUCAUGAUCGGCAGCGGUGACGCCAUCGGCGGACAGGCCGGUCUGUUGAGUCUGACCGUGGGCGACACGAGCUCGGGGGAGGGCGGCGACGUGACCAUAUCCGCCGGUCAGUCGUCCGAGCUGUCUGGAGGGACCGUGACCAUCACGAGCGGGGUGGGCACCGCCACCACCAGCGGUGCGAUCACCAUCCGAUCGCCCAACGCCGGCGCCGUGGGCGUGAGCGGCGCCAUUGUGUUGAGCUCGGGUACCACCAGCUCCGGCACCAGCGGUUCGGUGCUCAUCGGAAGCGGCGCGGCGGUGUCGGGAGCUGGCGGAGCGGUGAGUCUGACGGUGGGCACCAGCGCCUACACGACGGGUGGGACGCUCACGUUGGCGGCCGGCACGGGCGUGACGGGCGGUCCUGUCUCGAUGUCGGCCGGAACAGGUACCAUGUCGACGGGCGGGUCGGAGCGACGGUGGGUGGUGAUCUGA